AUUUUCCAAAAUGGCUGGUAAAAAAGCAGAAAAAGAUGAUAUGGCAACAGUGGAAUUCGAAUCUUCUGAAGAAGUAAAUGUUAUUCCAACAUUUGACAAAAUGGGUUUGCGAGAAGACCUUCUUCGUGGAAUUUAUGCCUAUGGAUUCGAAAAACCAUCGGCUAUUCAACAAAGAGCAGUUCCAGCAAUUCUUAAAGCACGUGACGUCAUUGCUCAAGCUCAAUCUGGAACCGGAAAGACUGCGACUUUUUCAAUUUCCGUUCUUCAAUCAUUGGAUACACAAGUUCGAGAGACACAAGCACUUAUUCUUUCUCCAACCAGAGAAUUGGCUGUCCAGAUUCAAAAAGUAGUUCUUGCUCUCGGAGACUAUAUGAAUGUUCAAUGUCAUGCCUGUAUCGGAGGAACAAAUCUCGGAGAAGACAUUCGCAAAUUGGAUUACGGUCAACACGUGGUUUCUGGUACUCCAGGACGAGUAUUUGAUAUGAUUCGCCGUCGUAAUCUUCGUACCCGAGCGAUCAAGCUUCUGGUUCUUGACGAAGCCGAUGAAAUGCUGAAUAAAGGUUUCAAGGAGCAGUUGUACGAUAUCUACCGAUAUCUUCCACCUGGAGCACAAGUCGUACUUCUGUCAGCCACACUGCCUCAUGAAAUUCUAGAGAUGACCAGUAAAUUCAUGACAGAUCCUAUCAGAAUUCUUGUGAAACGUGAUGAACUGACACUUGAAGGAAUCAAGCAAUUCUUCGUUGCAGUUGACAGAGAAGAAUGGAAGUUCGACACUCUUAUUGAUCUUUAUGAUACUCUUACCAUCACACAGGCUGUACUAUUCUGUAAUACCCGUAGAAAGGUUGAUUGGUUGACGGAUAAAAUGAAGGAAGCCAACUUCACAGUGUCAUCAAUGCACGGAGAUAUGGAACAGAAGGAUCGUGAUGAAGUUAUGAAAGAGUUCAGAGCAGGAACAACGAGAGUGCUCAUUUCAACUGAUGUUUGGGCGAGAGGAUUAGAUGUUCCACAAGUCUCGUUGGUUAUCAACUAUGAUCUUCCAAACAAUCGUGAAUUAUACAUUCAUCGUAUUGGUCGUUCUGGACGUUUCGGACGCAAGGGAGUCGCCAUCAACUUUGUGAAGCAAGAUGAUGUCAGAAUUCUGCGAGACAUUGAGCAAUACUAUUCGACACAAAUCGACGAAAUGCCCAUGAAUAUUGCGGAUAUCAUUUGAAGAAAGAUAUAUUUUCGCUCACCUCAUGUUUUAAUUUAUUUUGUUUUUGUUUUCUUUGUUUUGAAAAUCCUUAUCAAUUAUUUCUUUUAUUUUAAUCCUACAAAGAUCUCCUUUGAAUCCUUCAUGAUACUAAGACCCAAAUACUAUCCAACGGAGAUUUUUAAAAAUCUGAACAGUAAUUUGAAUAAAUGGAGAUCUUAA